UUGUCUAUCGAACUUCAUACGGCUGGAAUAAUGUAAAUGGUGGUAGUAUUUUACCGGGAUUCACACUUAAAGUGGAGAAAAUUGAUGAUACAAUUUCACAGGAAUCCUCAGAAUCCUCAUCACCAGACGAAGAAUUUCAAAUUAAUUGCCCAGAAUGUGAAAUAACUUUCUCUGAUCGGACUUCUAGAUCUUCUGGUAAUAUUUCCUCUAGUACUCAUACUUUUCGUAUUAGAUCUUCUGAACCCACGGAACCUCAACCGGAUCCUCUUCGAAAUGCCAUUUUGGAAUGUCAAAUUUCCUUAGUUAUUCAGGAAAAUAAUAGUCUCCGUUCUCAGCUUUCUUCCUUUAUUCAAGAAAAUAAUAAUCUUCGUUCUCAAGUCGCCGCAUUACAAUAUCAAGUUGAGGUUUAA